ACUGGCCCCGCCCCCAGGAUACGGAACAACAAGUACACACGCUAGCUGGUUGCUGAGCUCGGAGAAAGGUCCGGGUUUUCCACGAUGAGAGCUAAUUAGAGGCGAGGUUUUGCGGUCAAAGCCACCAGAAAGAGGUCUAAAGAAGUAGAGGAGUGCUGUGGAGGUGUUGUAGGGGUCUAAGACGUCGGAAAGACCUGUUGAACCAUGAGUGAGACAGUGACAGUUACAGAAACCCAGCCAGCGAACGCUGACGACUUCGAUGAUUUUGAGAAAGCGCUGGACUCACUGAUAGAAGAGGACGACAAAAAGGUCGACAACAAGGAAACAUCAGAAGAGGUAACCGAAGACAAGAUCGACAAAGAACUUGAAGAAAAUGAGAAGGAAGGCCAGAAGGAACCUGAGAAGUCUGAGGAGAAACCUGAAGAAGCACGGGCUGAAACUCCUUCAGGUGAGAAAAGUGAUGAGGAUGAUUAUGCCAUCACAGACGAGCAGCGCGCGGCAGAACUGGCUCUUCAGCAGAUGAAAGAAUCCCUCGAGUACAACGAUGACGACACUCUCAUGGACGGAGAUCCUCCGGAGUACAACGUCAAGGAACGUCUCAAGGAACUCAACGAGGAACUGGCCAAGGAGCCUCUCGUGGAGGAAGAGAGUCGAGAAAGGAAAGUGUUGUUUAAGGAGAACUUGGUUGACUUGGAGGUCCCUCCGCCAGAGUACAGCGACGAGGAAGCAGACGGAGCCGCGAAAACGGACACGACGGAAAACGUGGCAGAGGACGUUAAGGACAAAUUGACUCUCAGCGAAUCAGAAUCAAACAGCACAGAAAACAACGCAGAAGCAACCACAGCUGACGAUAGUGGAAAGGGGGAAGAGAAUGGCGAUGGGGAAAGGGUUUUAGUCGAACGGGAGGGAAAGUUUGAACUCGUUCACGUGUCAGAACUACAAGGAGAGGAGGAAAAGAUACAGCAGUCAUUCGCGCCUGUCACCACUGCAGAGAACAAUGACACAACACAGGACAAUGACAACACAGACGAAGCAGACAAUGACAGCUCGUCCACGCAAAGGUCGCAGGAGACAAAUGAGCUGUUGCCACGGCCACCGGACAAGCCCCGCCCGGCAACGGCAGCCGGCGUAUCCAGGAGACCGGCGAAGGUGUCUACCCCUCAGCGGGCGCAGUCGGCGUCAUACACGCGGGAGGAGUACGUGAAGAGGAGUUCGCCUUACGGUCUCUCGGACACGCAGAAGAAGCUGAUGAAGGAACGACAGAAGGCGAUCGCGGAGAGGAAGAGACUUGAGGAGGAGAGGAUGAAGGAGGAGGAACAGAGACGGAGAGAGGAGGCAGAGGGAGCGUUCCAGGCAUGGUUAUCACAGAAGAGAGAACAGCACCGUCGAGAAAAGGAGGAACUUCGCAGGAAGAAACAGCUGGAACAGGCUGACCAGCAUGGUGUCAGCAGGGACGGAAAGCAGUCUGUCCCACCGGGUGGCUCAGAGGGAACGGAUGAGGAUGAUGAUGAUCCACAGGAGGCCUACCAGGAGUGGCUCAAGGCCAAGAGAGACCAGAGAAAGAAGGAACGAGAGAUAGAAGAACAGAGGAAAAGAGAGCAGGAGGAGGGAUUCUACCUGAGAGCAAGAGAGGACUGUGAUAAAGCUUAUAAACAGUGGUUAAGAAGGAAGAACAAGGAGAUCCAAGAAGAGAAGAUGGCCACCAAGAAGAAGAAGAAGCGUCUCAAGUCUUCCGAGCGCAAGUCCAGAAAAUCUCAGGAGCUCUCGCAGGCCAUCCGACAGGCACAGGCCUUCAGAUACGUGGACUACUAUGGAUAUCGUUUCUAAGAGAGUGGGCACCCUUAUGUUGUGCAAAAGACGACUACAGUGUAUAUAGCUACACAGAGCUAGUUUAACUAGUCUAGAGAUUUUCAGUCAAAAAAAUUGAUUACUGUAUCUUACAAACUAUGGUACACUGUAAAGUACUGUUGAUUGAAGAAAAAAACUUUACUACCAUAUCAUAAUUUUGAGAUGUAUAUUUUGUUCUGACAUUGUACAUGUUUGUAGCCUUUCCCUACAUUGUAUUUUCGUAGUUGAACUACCAUUGAAUGAGGAAAAUUAUUCAGAUGUUACAUUUAGAAAAAAUGUUUUAAAAGAUAGCCUUUUUAGUCUCAAAACUAUGCCUUAAUUAAGGUUUGUUCAACAUUGUAAAUAACAGUUACAUUUGAUGACUUCUGUUUUUGCUUAUUUGAUGUCUCAGGUUCCUAAUUUGUGGUGCAUUUGUUUGUUUGAUCAUUGGAUUCUCUAUUGUUUUAUGCUUUUGUGUUAAAGUUCAUGUAGUAUUUUUUGUGACAACUUGAUUUGAUUUUUUGUUAAACCAAAAGAGAAUCUGUAGUGUGACUGAAAGCAGAAUGCUUCAAAAAUGCAAGAACUUCAAAUCAAACACACCAGUUUUUCAAGUAGAUCAUUCAAAAUCUGUUCUACACUUAAUGGUAAUGAAGUACAUGUACUUAGCAGGGUACAUACUUUUAUUUUUGUCUCUCGUGUUGCUCUUGCUUGCCUGCCAAUUUUGAACAAAUGUUUUAUAAUUAUAGCCCAGAGCCGAAAUUUUGUACAGACCUGCCAACAUUUAUGAUCUCCGGGUUUUCCCCUGAACAGUAUUCCACUACUUAUUUUCUACUUCUUGUAAGUGACAAUAAUCUUCUUCAUAUUAGCGCCUUAUUAGGAAAAUUAGACGUCAGCUGAUAUUGUUCAUGUUAUAAUUCGAGCAACAGACUGUAAAAAAAAUGCUUUUACCUCAAAUGUAUUUAGAGACUUUAGAGUUGUGCAAUAGUCACUAGCAGUAGUAUCUGAUUCUUAUGUUGUGUGCAGAUAGUUUGAGUAACAAAGAGACUUUGUUUUAUGAUA